AUGCUGCAUUUUUCUCAGGUCGAUCUUGCGGGAAAGUACAACCGACUAGCUGAUGAGGCUCGUCAAGUUGUGGACGGAGAGCGACAGGCGCUCAGCUCUGGAGCUGCAGAACUCACCAGCGUUGAGAAAGUAGUAGCAAAACUUGCUGAAAUAAAUGGAUUCUGGAAUCGAACCCAACGAGAAUUGGCAGUUUGUGCUGAUGAGCUCAAGAAGACCGUGACCCCAUCCAAAGCGGAGGCUAUCGACCAAACUAUGGCUCAGCUCAAUGAAGAUUUCGGUUCAUUGAACCGCCAGCUCCAGGAAUUAGAAGCGACUUUGAGUGCGAAGAAGGAAGACCUUGAGAAACUCUCCGAAAAGAGCGCUGGUGUUAAGAACGAGGCCAACGCCGUCUUCAUGGAGCUGAGCGAUCUCGAUCCGGUGGCACGUAACAUAGCUGAGCUUCAAGCUCAGCAGGACCAAGUGAAAUCGAUCGAGGGGCAGUUGGCGGCAGUUGAGGACAAACUCCAAUCUGUACUGGCCGAAUGGAACCAGGGUUUGGAGGCUGGCCUGAUCACUCAGUCUCAAAUGGAAAACAAUCAGGCAUUGGCUGAUGAUGUCACAAAGCUCAUUGAAAAAGCUCGCAAGAAGCUGGGUCAACGACAGAAGACGAUUGAACAAGCGACUGGUGAGGUGGAAGCCGUGCAUAAGAACGCGGCCGAACUAAUCGGUGAAUUAAAUGGGUUGCGCGAUUCUGAAGCUCUGAAAGCUGUCGUAACGGUGUCGGAUCCAGCAACCCAAGCUGAAAAACUAAAAACGCUUAAAGAUGGGCUGAAAGCGAUUGGAGCACGGGUAGACGAUUUCGUGUCCGAAUGUAAGCUACUCAUACGAACUGGUGGCACGGGUGCUGACACUGCGGAACUGGACAACACGAUGAAGGAAGUGUGCGAUACAUGGUCAGCAGUUUCGACAGCUGUUGAGGAAAAGGAACGUGAAGCGGACUCGGCUGUGCAGCAGCUUGGAAGGUACGAAGAUGCGUACAAAUCGCUGUUGAAUUGGAUUGAGGAGACGGAGGAACUCAUGGAGAAUCAACGUCCUCCAGCUGCAGAUGCUAGGGUAGCAAGGGCUCAACUUCAUGCUUACGAUGUGCUUAUGAAGCAUAUUGACGACAAGGAUUUUAACGUGAAAGGCUUUUCGGCUUUGAUUGCCAAACUUGUCGCAAUGACUACGGCUGAAGACGAAGUGAAAUCGUUGAAAGAACGCGAAGAGGAAAUCAACAGAAGAUACAACGAGCUAGUGGCGGCUGCUCACGAUCGUCAGAGACGUCUCAUUGAGGCUGUCGAUUUGGCAGAAAGGCUGUCAGAAGGCGUUGUUCCCGUUGAAUCGUGGCUUGGCAAGGCUGAAAAACGGCUCAGUGCUCUGGGAAAGAUUCCCACGACUGUGGAAAAAAUGGAAGAACAACUGAGAGAGCAGAAAGAUCUCGACGAUGAAGUCUAUCAAAAGGCUGAGGAUGUGGAUCACGCACUAGCUAUUAUUCCAAUGUUGAGCGCUUUGGUGAGCGUGGAAGAUGCGAAUAGCUUGGAAGCGCAAGCGAAUCAAAUCACCAGCCGCUACGAGUCCAUUGCUCAUCGUGUGCGAAUUACCAAAGACCUGCUUCAAGAAAUGGCUUUGACUGUGAACGAUCUAUUUGCCGAUCUCGAUAAUCUCGAACUAUGGCUGGGCGAUAUGGAACAAAAAAUGGACGAAAUCAGUGAAAUCGCGAUCGCACCUGACGAUCUCAACGAGCAAAGCAACAUCGUCGGAGAUUUGGUAUCGGCUAUAACGGAGAGGGAUGCGCAGAUCUCGGCUGUCAUCGAAGUGGGUCGGCAACUUUGCAGACAGGCCACCGGCGAUGAAGCGCAACCAUUGCAAUCCCGCAUGGACCUACUGAAAAAGAGGUAUGGGGACAUUAUGCUUGUUGCUGACGAAAAGUUGCAACUACUGGAGAAGGCGAUUCCCCUGUCGGAACGUUUCCAUGAAGGUUUCGAUGCCGUCAUGGAAUGGGUAGAAGCUGUUGAAGAGGAUCUUAUUCAGAUCGAUAGCACCGAUCUUGACACCCAAACUCGGCUAGUGUUUUCCAUGGAGGAAGGUGUGAGUCAUUGGCGUCCGGAGGUUGACGACCUCGUUGCCGUUUCAUCGCAGCUACAAGCGCUUAGCAGCCCAGAUCAAGCCGAAGAACUGUUCCAAAGCACGGCCGAAAUGAACCGACGUGUCAACCAAAUCGCUGAUAAGGUGGCGCGUCGUGCUGAACGGCUUGAUGUUGCUGACCGUCAGAGCCGUGCAGUAUUCGACGAGCUCAGUUUCCUUCUCGAGUGGCUUGGAGAUGCUCGUGACAGAGUGGUCGCCGCCGGUCCUCCAUCAAUUGAUCCCGAUUUCGCUCGAACUCAACUUCGUAAUCAACUCGUUAUGAACGAAGACGUUGCAGCCAACAAGAGUCGCCUUCGUGAAAUGACAGUCGAAGCGAAGAAGGUUUGUCGAGAGCUCGGUGGUGAAGGCGGCGAGUCUGGUAUGGCUCUUGCAGAGCAAUGCGACCAUGCAAAAGAUCUUGUCGACGAGGUUACUGCACUUUGUAUGGAUCGGACUGAAAUUCUCGAAAGGGCUCUGGCCCUGUCCCAGCACCUAACCAUCGAAUUUGAUCGCCUCGCCAACUGGCUGGAUCAAGUUGAUGAUGAGCUCCGAACAGCACCCGAACUGACCACUGCCACUCCUCCUCAUCAGCUACGAAAGCAGCGAGAACAUAACGCGGAGCUUUCCGCUGCGAUUUUAACGUAUGUUCCAAUUGUGGAGCAGUUCAAAAGUGAUGUGAAGGCGCUACAGGAGAUUUGUGUCCCAGAAGAUGGUGUCAAGCUCGGAGAGCUUGCCGAUGAGAUUGUUGCCAAGUAUGACGAUAUGCGAAAAGCAGUUGAAGCACGUGGUCAGGCCCUCGACAGUAUUGUGGAUGCAACCAGUGGACUCGGUGAACGUCUCGAGAACUUUGUACAGACCCUGCAAGGAGCAUCGGAUCGUCUUCGUCAGAACGCCUCUAUUUCUUCCGAUCCUACUCUUCUGAAGACUCAGAUUGCCGAAAAUCGUGCCCUCAAAGAGGGUUUGAAAUCGAAACAGGCUGCUUACGCUGCACUGAGAGAAAGCGCCGCUGAACUUCUAGCUACGCUUCCACCAGAAGAUUCUGCUAGACACGAAGUGAGUGAGAAACUGAGGCGUUUGGCUGAAUUGUGGAAGAGCAUUGAGCAAGAAGCUGAGGAUCGUGGUGGAUUCCUUGAGUCCACAUUGGCAAAAGCCGAACGUUUCUGGCGUGAGCUUGAUGAAUGCCAGAGAGCGAUAGACGAUUUGCGUGUAAGACUGGAAUCCGUGGAACCGGCAGCUGGACAACCUGAGCAGCUGCAGCUGCAGCAAGUUGAAAUGCAGACAGUGGCCAAUAGCAUGGCCAACACAGAAAAUCGCCUUGUUGGACUACGUGAAGCUGGUGUUGCCCUGACUGGAAUUAUCCCCGCUGAAGAACAGACAGUAGUAAAUGCCCAAGUGGAUGCUGUACAUGACGGAUGGGCAACGAUCACCAAGCUCUUUGCUGACAAGAAUAGAGAUCUUGUCGUUGCAAUGGAAGACGCUAUGGCAUUCCAUGCAGAUCUCUCCAGUAUUCUGGGUGAUGAAAUCCUGCGUGUGUUGAAGAGGUACACGGCUGAACAACUCUGCUAUACGGCAGCUCAGAUAGUCAGUGGUGCACCUGCUCAUCAGGCUGCUGCGAUCCGUCAACCCAUCAACAAGCUUAAUUUGCGCUGGACUCAGCUUCAUUUGGCGCUUUGUGAUCGGAAAACAAGUGUGGAGCGCAUGCUUCUACAAAUGGGUCGACUAUCAGAAGCUGUGGAGCAGUUGAUCGCAUGGAUGAGGAAAACUCGUGGUACCCUCAACGAACUGUCCAUUGCUGCCCCGGCACUUCGACAACUCGAAAUUCAACGUUGUCAGCUGACUGUCGUCUCGAAUGACAUCCAUGCUCAUGAAGCCAGUGUGUCGACGCUGAAUGCUGCCGCUCAACGACUUCUGCGAGACGAUCAAAACACUGACGUGUUGGAGAAGAUGAACGAGAUGAACAAGGAAUGGCGAGAAUUGAAUGAAAUUCUCGAGGCAUUGACCAUUCAAAUGGAACGCGCAAAAGCUGAUGCAGAGAAAGUCGGCAGGGAAACGGAGCAAUGGAUGGGUUGGCUGGAAGAUGUGGAAUCGCAGUUGGCAACCACAAAACCGACUGGUGGUCUUCCAGAGACGGCAGAAGUUCAACUUGAUGAUUUCCUUGUGUUGCGUGCAGAGAUAGCCCAAAAUAAGCCACUGAUCGAAGCGUACAUCAGUGACACUGAUGCUGCACUUGAAAACGCCGAUACUGGUGCUCAGACAUGGAUGGCCCGGAAUCAUGCUCUUAUCAAGAAUAAGUGGUCCAAAGUAAAGACCGUGAGAAAGAAACUACAGCUAGCUCUGGAGGAAGCAGUUGCUUUGGACACUUCAAUGCGUGACACAGCCGAAGUGUCCCAUGUGAGCCGCCUUGUCGACGUUCUCGAGAAGCAACUGCAGGAAAAUGAGAAGUGGGCGGACGAAGUCGCUGUGCGAAAGCAGCUCAUGGCAGAACAACAAGCAGCAGGUACCCGACUGCAAUACUACUGUGAGAAGAAGGAUGCAAUUCCGAUCAAGAACGGUCUUGUAUCAUUGAAACAUCGUUUUGAGAAAGUUGCGAGCCGAACAGCUGAUCGCACUAAGGUGAGUUGA